AUGAGCGUCGCGCUGCAGGACCUCCGCAACACCAUGUCGAGCUACAAACGAGCCACGCUGGAAGAGGACGAAGUGUCGGACGCUGCGGCCGAGGCGUCCGCGUCCCCCGACAGAAUGGAGGUGGGCUUCAGGAAGAGCGGCGAAGUCGGGCCGGUGGGCCGAAGAACCAGGACGGAGCUUUUGCUGUGCGCCCUGCUCUUUGUCAGUCUCCUGGCCCUGAUGGUUUGCCUGCUGAUCCUCGGAAUCACCUUCCAUCCAGCAGCGGGCGGCGGCGCCGACGGGCUGUGCCUAUCCGAGGCGUGCGUGACGGUGGCCAGCCAGAUGGUGGAGGCCAUGGAUCGCGGCGCCGACCCCUGCCGAGACUUCUACCAGUUCGCCUGCGGGGGCUGGAUGCGCAAGAACCCGCUCCCGGACGGACGCUCGCGCUGGUCCACCUUUAACAGCAUCUGGGAGCAGAAUCAAGCGCUCCUCAAACACCUGCUCGAGAACGCCACCUUCAACGGCACCAGCGAGGCCGAGAAGAAGACGCAGUCGUACUAUCUGUCUUGCCUCAACACACAGAAGAUCCAAGAGCUGGGAGCGCAACCUCUCGUCGACCUCAUCGCCAAGGUCGGGGGAUGGAACCUGACGGGACCUUGGGACAAAGACAACUUCAUGGAAGUCUUGAAGGCGGUGUCGGGGCCGUACCACGCGCAGCCCUUCUUCAGCGUCGGUGUCAGCACCGACCCCAAGAACUCCAAUAGCAACGUCAUCCAGGUGGACCAGGCGGGGUUGUUCCUGCCUUCCCGGGACUAUUACCUCAACAAGACAGCCAACGAGAAGGUUCUGCUGGCGUACCUGGACUACAUGGUGGAGCUAGGAAGCCUCCUAGGGGGCUCGCCGGCCUCCACGCCGGUCCAGAUGCGGCAGCUCCUGGAUUUUGAGACGCAACUGGCCAACAUCACCGUGCCGCAGGAUCAACGGCGAGACGAAGAGAAAAUCUACCACAAGGUCACCAUCGCCGAGCUUCAGGCGCUGGCGCCGGCUGUGGAUUGGCUGGACUUGCUGUCGUCGUGCCUGUCGCCCUUGGAGCUCAACGACAGCGAAGCCGUGGUGCUCUACGCCAAGGAAUAUCUGCAACAAGUCUCCCAACUCAUCAACAAGACGGACAACAGCUUGUUGAACAACUACAUGAUGUGGACUCUGGUCCAGAAGAACGUGGCCAGUCUGGAUCAACGCUUUGAGAACGCUCAAGAUAAACUGCUGGAAAGUCUCUACGGCACUAAGAAGUCCUGCACGCCGCGCUGGCAGACGUGCAUCGGUAACACGGACGACACGCUGGGCUUCGCGCUGGGGGCGCUCUUCGUCAAAGCCACUUUCGAUAAACACAGCAAAGACAUCGCGGAGGAGAUGAUCGAAGAGAUCAGAGCGGCGUUCAAACGAGCUCUGGAGCGACUCGACUGGAUGGACGACGACACUAGACGGGCCGCCAAAGAAAAGGCGGAUUCCAUUUACGACAUGAUCGGCUUCCCUGAAUUCAUCCUGGAUCCCAAAGAACUGGACGACGUUUACGAUGGGUACGAGGUUUCCGAAGAAAGUUUCUUCCAGAACAUGUUGAAUUUCUACAACUUCUCUUCUCGAGUCAUGGCUGACCAGCUGAGGAAAACGCCCAACAAAGACCAGUGGAGCAUGACCCCGCCCACCGUCAACGCGUACUACAUGCCCACCAAGAACGGAAUCGUUUUCCCGGCCGGAAUUCUUCAGGCUCCGUUCUACGCCCGGGACCAUCCCAAGGCUCUGAACUUCGGGGGCAUCGGUGUGGUGAUGGGUCACGAGCUGACGCACGCCUUCGAUGACCAAGGCCGCGAGUACGACAAAGAGGGUAACCUUAAGCCUUGGUGGCGAAACUCCUCGGUGGACGCCUUCCGCCAAAGGACCGAGUGCAUGGUGGAGCAGUACGACAGCUACGCCGUCAACUCGGAGCGCGUCAACGGCAAGCAGACGCUCGGGGAAAACAUCGCUGACAACGGAGGCCUCAAGGCCGCCUACAACGCGUAUCAGAUGUGGAUCCGCAAGAACGGAGAGGAGAAGCGACUUCCUGCGGUCAACCUGACCAACGAGCAGCUCUUCUUUGUUGGUUUUGCUCAGGUAUGGUGCUCGGUGCGAACCCCGGAGAGCGCCCACGAAGGUCUGGUGACCGACCCGCACAGUCCGCCCCGCUACCGCGUCAUCGGCACGCUCAGCAACUCGGCCGAAUUCAGCCGCCAUUUCGGCUGCCCCGUAGGAACCCCCAUGAACACCGGGAGGCGCUGCGAGGUCUGGUAG